UCCGUCCCUCGCAAGCAGCACGGUCCUCUGACACCGACCCGUUCCUAAGUCCUCCCCAGUCGACUCGUCUCCGACGGGCUGCUUUGGAACAAACGAUGGAGAAACUGUCCAGGGUUUUACCUCUGAACCCAACUUUCAUACCCCCUACCUACGGAGUCCUGAAAUCUCUGCUGGAGAACCCUUUGAAAUUACCCCUGCACCACGACGAUGCCUUCUGCAAAGAGAAGGACAAGGAGAAGAAGCUGGAAGAUGAAACGAUCGGCUCCAAUGUCCCCCAAUCGGCCUUCUUGGGGCCGACUCUCUGGGACAAGACCCUGCCUUACGAUGGAGAUACCUUCCAGCUGGAAUACAUGGACUUAGAAGAGUUCCUCUCUGAAAAUGGUAUCCCACCAAGUCAAUCUUCACACGAACUCAACCACCAUCAUCAGCCCGGCCUCCAGCAAGCUCCCGUCACCUCGCCCACCGUCAUCGACCUGAGCAGCCGGGCGUCCACGUCGGUCCUACCGGGCUUGGUCCCCCAUAACUGCAUGCACAGCCCAGUGAGACCUGGUCAGAUGUUGCCUUCGAAUCGUAACACACCGAGCCCUAUUGACCCGGAGUCCAUCCAGGUGUCCGUGGGCUAUGAUCCUGACCCGGCCGACCUCGCUCUCUCCAGCAUCCCGGGUCAGGAGAUGUUUGACCCACGGAAGCGCAAGUUUUCGGAGGAAGAGCUAAAACCCCAGCCCAUGAUAAAGAAAGCUCGCAAGAUCUUCAUUCCGGAUGAUCUGAAGCAGGAUGAAAAAUACUGGGCAAGGCGCAAAAAGAACAACAUGGCCGCCAAGAGGUCAAGAGAUGCCCGGAGACUGAAGGAGAACCAGAUCGCCAUCCGAGCCUCGUUCCUGGAGAAGGAGAACUCCGCCUUACGGCUGGAGGUAGCCGACCUGCGGAAGGAGCUCGGGAAAUGCAAGAAUGUGUUGGCGAAGUACGAGGCCAGGCACGGCCCGCUGUGAGCUCCAUGUUUGCAACGAAGACGCAUGGACACCUUCAUCCCUGCCUGGUAGCACUAAACACAAACCGACCAGAUUCUGUCAUCGGCACUUUACUGGAAGCAGAAACAGACUAUUUUUAUUAUUAUAUUUUUUGUUUCUCUGUUGUUAAGCGCUUCAUACGGAUGGCACUCCUUCUGUACCCGGACUACGGACAAAAGUAAACGAGAAAACUGCUGUACCAAAUGCUGUACCUGACGCGGUAUCCGAUUAGAUGGGGAAAAAAAAACAUCUUGGACGUCUAACAAUCGGAUUUACGCGCAGGUUACCCGCCGCCGUAAGUGAAGCGCGUCCAACUCCUUCAAACGACACGACGGGUCUCACGGACUACAAGAAAGCUUUAUGGGGUAUUUUUCCCGCGUUCAGAUCUCUCUCUGUCUCCAAACUAUCCUUGGACUCAAAAACUUAUAAAAAAAAAA